AUGUCUUCGCGUGUGUUCCACAGGCUGCCAGAGCAAGUUACCAGGGACUGCUCUGACACAGAGAAUGUGCAGACAUCCACUCCAGGCGUUGUCAGGAAACAGCAAGCAGCUCAUCAGGAGCCAGGACAGGAGCGCCUAGCAGGCAGUGUGCUGCUGGCGCUGCUCCAGGAGGCAAGGAGCGCGCGACAGGCGGCAAUCGUGCACAGGGGAGGCUCAGGGCGCCAGGCCACAGCUAGGCCGCUCGACGUGGAAUUCCACAGGGUGCCACCACCACCCACGCCCUACUGCCCCACCCCAGAGGUUGCGAUGGAGGUUGCGUCGCUGCCGCGCACACCGGGGACAGCGCUGCGUGCAUCUGCAGCGCAGUCGGAUGUGCGCAGCACGUUAAGCCGCCGCAGCAGGAGUGCCUCCUUCGACACGCCAAUGGAAGGCGUCCUCGAGCGCCACGGCUUUGUGCUGCAGCCCAAGACCCCCGCCCUGGCAUUCACGCCGAUGGAGGGCGUGCUAGAGAGGCUGGGGCCGAUGCUGCCGGCCACGUGCGCGCGGCGGCGGCUGCACACCACGACGCCCGGCCCAAGCCGAGCGCGCAGCAGCGCCGCUGCCGACGGUCGGCUGUUCACGCCGGGAGACGCCGCCGUGCUGGCCUCCGGGGGCGAUCCCGACCAUGACUCUCCUGUGGAGGGCCUCCUGCAGCAAAACACUGCUGCCGGAGCACAGGCAGCGCAGGCUUCUGCAGCGCCCGGGGGAGGCAGCUCGAGCGGCAGCUUCGCCUUCUCGAGAGCGGCCGGGGGGAUUCCGGCAGCGCCGCAGCAGCUCGGCGGGCGCAUGGAGCAGGCCGGCGGUGACCCUCUGGGCUUCUUCGCCGCGGACGGCGGCAAGGCGCUGCACCGGAGACAGGGCAUUGACUCUCUGGACGGCGCGCCGCCGACCAGCCCCUGGCAUCUGCGCGACUACAACCCCUCCCCACAGGUGCAAUUUCCGCAACCGGCAACUCCGGCCUCUCUGCACAGCGCGCCCAAGCGCUCGUCUUUGGGCCAAUCUGUGGUGGCCUGUUCGCUGCAGCCCUCACCUGCGGCCGAGCCGAAUCUGGGCAUGGACUAUGAUGACGACGAUGAUGAUGGAUUUGGCGGCGGAGGUGCUGACUGGGAUCUAGGGGAGCCGUCCGAAAUGGACCACAUGAGCGGCGCUGAGGGCCCAGAGGAGGAUGCAGAGAUGGAGGAGGCCGGCAGUGAUGAGCACACUCCUGCGCCGGAGGAGGAGGCCGAGGCCAGCGAGCAGGCAGGCGACGCCGCUGCAGGCCCGUCGCGUGUGCAUGACAGGAUCCCCGUCAGCUGCAACAAGCGGCUCAAGCGCGAGUUCCGCGCGCGCAAGAGCCUCGCAGGGGUGGGGCUGCAGCCUGACGCAGGGCGGCGGCGCAGCACGCGGGUGAGCUGCAAGCCGCUGGAGUGGUGGCGCAACGAGCGCAAGGUCUACGAGCGCAAAUUCCACAGUCUGCCCACAGUGGACCAUCUGGAGGUGUACUCAACCACUCCCACAUGGACAUUUGUCAGCGAUUACAAAGAGAAGAAGACCAAGGCCAGGACCAAGUGA